UCCCCCGGCCGGCUCGUCGUGUGCCGCCGCGCGCCCGCUCGACGCACGCGAUCGUCGCCUUUGUUUAUUGUUGGACGCGCGCUCGACAGCUGUUCCCAGUGCUGCCUCGCGACUUACCGCAGUGCUCUUCCUUCUAGUGAUUUUGUUUUGUCUGUGCACUUGUAGUGGUGUGUCUGUGACCUGUGAGUGUAGAUGGGGCUAACGGAGCGUCCCUAGAGUUGCCGGUGCGGUGCGUACCAACAGCUCUGCCUAGGUCGCAGGCUGUGAGCGGCUCGGUCAUGGCGGCCACGGCCCGUCGCGAGAUAGACACGGGCGAGGAGGACAUAGCCGCCAUCGCUAAACAAAUUUCAGACCAUGCCGAAGCGAUAUACCAGACUUGGAAAGCGCGUGGUCUCGCGCCCACUGAAAUAUUGUCGUGCAGGCCCACUCCUGGCCUCAAAUUGGCAGAGAGCCUGAGGACUAAACCUAGGCCAGAACCUAAGCCAGAAAUAAAACAGAGACCUGAUAUUAGACAGGUUCAUCGCCCCGACGCGCCUAGGGAACAAAGACCAGACGUCAGAAGAGAACAGAGACCCGACACACGCCGUGAAAGUUUUGAGCCCGAAGGAGAGACCAUGGAGGUUAUGCUCCCUCCGGACUUGGUACCAGAGCGGAAUGGCACAGCAGGCGCCGGCGCAGGCGCGAGGCGGGCUGACCCCGCUGCUAUGCGGCUCGAGGUCGCCCGCGAGGAGGAGCGCCUGCUGCGGGCCCUGCGCACUGGUGGUGUUGUGGCCGAGCGCACUGCGGAGCGACCAGACGUGGUCCCUCCGCUGUCGCUGGUUGACUACGCAAAGAGUAGAUACCAGGACAGGCUGGACACAGGUGCGAGGAAGCCGGCCGCCGGCGCUAGCGGCGAGCGCCGGGCGUCCCUGGGCUCGCAUGUGACGGAGGCGCGCUCUAAGUUCGAGGCGCGAGCCCGGCGCGCCUCGAGCGCCGGCGCCGGGGAGCCCGCCUCCGCAGCGGGAGCGACGCCCGUGCGUCCCUUCCUCACGCGGGGUUCGGUAGCAGAACGAGUGCUUAUGUUUGAACGAUGCCCUAGUGAAGCUACCCUUGAACUAGCUAAACGGAAAUCCCCAGCAGCCACCACCUGGCGAGGACCACACGAUGUCAUCAAUAGAGCUCAGAGUUAUGCCGCCUCCACACCUCCGAAGCCCGCGUCAGCGCCCCCCCACACGACGCUUCAGCGCAGCGUGCGUGGUGCGGCCAGCAGUGGCGCCCCCGCGCGCGUCAUACCCCGGUUCCACUUCCCCAAAGGCAGACCACCUCCGGGCCACCAACAGGACCACGCGCUUCAUAAAGUACAGUCUGCGUUCGCCACCUUCCCUAAUAGUCAGGUCCCCCGCGACAGUUUCAAGCACAUAGUGAAAGCAUGCGAGUGUCCCCUGUACUGGAAGAUGCCGCUGUUCCUGGCCACGCAGCAGAACCUUCACGCGCCCGUCGACGGACACAAGUUCAUCGACUUCUGGAGAGACAUGACGUCACAGUGCCACGACAUGGCUUCCCGGUUCGUGCACAUCCUGACGCGAGGGAAGAGCAACACAUUAGCACCGGAGGACUUCGUGCCGCUGGUGCAGGAUGUCGUCGACACGCACCCCGGCCUCUCCUUCCUCAAGGAGGCUACAGAGUUCCACUCCAGAUAUGUGCAUACUGUGAUCGCUAGGAUAUUUUACUGCGUGAACCGAACUUGGUCGGGCAGAAUAUCGAUCCCCGAACUGAGAAGAUCGAACCUGCUGCAAGUUAUUCAGUUGUUAGAAGACGAAGAAGACAUUAAUCAAGUUACACAGUAUUUUAGUUAUGAGCAUUUCUACGUAAUCUACUGCAAAUUCUGGGAGCUGGACAGAGACCACGACCUCUUCAUAGACAAGCAUGACCUAGCGAGGCACAAUGACCAUGCCCUCUCAAGCCGUAUGAUCGAGCGAGUGCUAUCGGGCUGCGUGACGCGCGGCAAUCAGAACCGCCUCACGCCGGACGGCGAGCCACGCAUGUCAUACACCGAGUUCGUCUGGUUCCUACUAGCUGAGGAGGAUAAGACGCAUCCGACUGCCAUUGAGUAUUGGUUCAGAUGUAUGGACGUGGACGGCGACGGCUACAUCUCUAUGUACGAGCUGGAGUACUUCUACGAGGAACAGAUGCAGAGGAUGGAGGCCAUCGGCAUCGAGACUCUGCCCUUUAACGACUGCUUGUGCCAGAUGCUGGACAUGGUGCACCCUGCCGAGGAAGGCAAGGUGACGCUGUCCGACCUGAAGCGCUGCAAGCUCACGCCGAUAUUCUUCGACACGUUCUUCAACCUGGAGAAGUACCUCGACCAUGAGCAGCGCGAUCCUUUCGCCACGCAGAGGGAUUCUGAUUGUGAGAUGUCUGAAUGGGACAGAUUCGCAGCAGAAGAGUAUGAACUACUGGUCGCCGAGGAAGGAGGCAGCGACGCACAGGACCAAAUCUCGUACGAUGAGACGGACGAAGACUGUCUGUCGCCGAACAUGGAUGACGUCACCAACACUGACGUCAUCGAGGACUCCAGCGUAGAGGAGUCCACGCUCAGCGAGUGCGGCGCGCGGGCCCGCGACCCCCCGCGCCCCGCGCAAGCGUCCGCCCCCGCCGCCGCCGGGUACGUCAACCUCAGCUCCAUCUACUCCAUCGGCGGCGACCGCUGGGCCAACACCGCCAACCCGCCCGCCAAGAAUGGUCUCCCCGACAAAAAGCUGCCAGAAAAACCUGUACCUCCCGAAAAGCCCGUCAGCCUCAUGAUGGUCAACGGCAAAAUGGACAACAGAUACGCCGGCUUCGGCAACAACAGCUUCCUGUACUCGCAGCUGCUGGGCGCCAGCGGUGCACGCGCCAAGGACCCUCCCUCGUACUCCGCCGCCACCGCAGGAGCACUCUUCGACAAAAACGCUGAACAGAAAAAGACUGUCACUUCGCCCACUAAACCAAAGUCGCCUGUCACGAGCCCCGUCAACGGAGUCAACAAAAUCUCAGACAACUACGAGCGAGCGGUGGCGGAACGUCUCAGCCCACAGAGGGAGAUCUCCCGACUUAACCGCAGCAGCCUGUUCAGCAAAGUGAAUACGGGCGUGGUUUCCAGCAAGGUGAAGAAGAAAUCCGCUCGCCAGGACGAAGAGGACGAGGACUACGCGCGCGACAGCGACGAAUGUUCCAUUUAGGAAACGCGAGUGAUGUUGUCAGCAACAAAAAAACGGUUUUAUUUCAGUGAACACCAAAGAUCACGCGAUGAACGUGCAAGUCGUGUUACUUAGAUUACCUACCUUACCUGAUAUCAAAUUAGAAUAGUUGUGUAAUAAAGUCAGCCGUUAAUCGAAUCAGAGAAAUAUUUUUUCAGCGUAUCCUAGUGGUCGAUACGUGCCUUGUGUCGGUGUGGCGAGUUAGACGAUCCCGCGUUCAAACGUUAGUCGAGUAGAGUGGAUCUAGAACAAAAGUGCAUUACCCUGAACAAAACUAAACUGUUCUUUGAACGAACCUUGUGUUAGUAUUGCAUAGACUAGUUUCAGCAUUUUGGUAGCGUAGUAUUUAUGUACGUAUUAUUUUAAUCUAUGUCUCAAAUUUACCAUAUCAAACGAUGGUAUUUUACUUUGCGCAGUUAAUGUUUUGACUUUGAAUUUAUAUUAUUGUAACUAUGUAUGUUUAACUUAAUUCUUUUCGUGUUACUUUAAAUGUAUUUCUCACCUAAAAUUAAUUACAAAAUCAUAUCAUUCCUCCAUCCAGGUAGUAACAAUUUGUAAUAAUACUAAUAAAUUCAUAGAAAUCAAAUUGAUAACAAAAUCACUGUCAUUAGAAAUCGGGUCGUCCAUAUAGCUUUAUUUAUUUAUUUAUUGAUCAUUGACAAAAAGUCAGUAUAAUAAACACGCACAGGUUAAUUUAGAAUAGAAGAUAGAAAUAUUUUUGAUAAGGGGUUGGCUCCUGUCCUGCAUCUACCAUGUUUUGUCGAAGUAUGUCACGUGACGUCAUGUGUGUCUGUAUGUGUGUGUGUCGUGUGCAACAAGAAAUGUAUUGGUAGCUCCACGGGAGAGUGUUGACGCUAGUAAUAAUGAACUGUUAGUGACAGUGUUGCCACGCGUCGCUUUUCUCCAUGUUGGAGUCGCGUGUGGACUAAAGGAAUUGUUUUUAUUCGAUCAAAUUCGAAACUAAAAUUAAAUUUAUCUUUUAUUAAAUGUAUAUUAAUUAAUUUGAGUAUAACAAAAUUUACAAUGCCAGUUGGAGAGAGUUAAUGGAUGUUCGUGAAAGGAGUUUGUAUCGUCAUAAUAAAGAAUGUAGUGAAAUAGUGAAGGCAGCUGUAUAAAUAGUGAGCUUCUAGGUAAUGCUAGGUAGAUUAUGUUAUGCUCUAGUCUACAGGUGCUGUACAAGCCAACUGACGGUCUACCACUUCGAUGUAGUUCGUUUACAAAUCUUCAACAUGUUUGUCACAGCCAAAGAAUCGGUUGUUAGUUUUAAAAAUCGCCUAAAGUACUGAGUUUUAUUAUUCAUGAAUUUUAUAUUUCAGUUAUUAUUUUAAUGAAUUCUCUAUAGUAUAAAUUACUAAGUUAAUAUGAAAUUUUCAUAAUAUUAUAACGUUAGUUACGAUUAUAAAUCCAUUUGUUUUGAAGUAUGUAGUUUCAAAAACUCAAUGUGCGUCUUGUGUCGUACAUUUAAAAAUUGUGCCUCUUUUAUUACAUUUUAUCACUAUUAAUAUCACGACAUGAUAUCACCGAAUUCACCCGUACCUACCUACUUACCUUUCCUAUAGCUUCAUUUAACGUUAAGACUAGUCAUUUCCAUGAAAAUGUAAAUCAUUUCUAUUUACAAUCCUCAAUUGAACUAAUUUUACCAAGUAUUAACCAAAACGAUUGUUCACAUUUUUAACAAAUUUUAUUAAUAUGUUGUGUACUGUUAGAAUAAUUUUAUUGAGGUAUGUUUUAAAUACCUACCACUUUUGAGCUUAGCUGUUUUAAAGUUGGAAUAAUUUAGUUAAUUAAUUUAGAUUAGGUCUGUACCUACACUUAAGUUACAGGUUUUUUAAGGUAAUUUGUUUCAGUAAGCGGUUGACUGUCUAGUGUUCUUUUGUAGUUGUUAAACGAGUUCAGUAGUCUUGUUAGAAAUGUUUUAAUCUUUAAUCAAGAGAACGUUUCCGCUAAAGCUGUUUGAACACUUACUGAGCCAUGUUUCGUUACCUAUAUAGUGCCAUUUUAUUUCCCCAGUGUUACAGUUACAAACAAAAUAAUGUCAUCAAAAUAUUGCUGUUAACAAUAACACACACUAAUAUAAUUGCCGCAUGGAAUCAGUUUUGAGGAAAUAUAUUAUUGUCUACUUUUAUUUUCAUGUUUGUAUAAAAUAAUAAUUUGCAUUUGAAAUGUAUCUUUGAACCUUUGAGUAUGUACGCAUUUUAUACGCGUUUUAUGAAUUAGACACGUUCUAAGGAGCCUAACUUUUAAAAAUAGGUUCGUUAAGUAAUGAACUAAGUAGCUACAAAAUUGUAACCCUAUAAAUAAGUUAAGACUUCCUUAAUUUUAUAAUAGGUAGGUACGAUAUUUCGUUAUAUAUUUUAUCGGUACUGGUCUAAAAUAUUUUAGUAUGCAUAUUACAUUUUUUAGACGAAAUUAUUAUUAAUCGUAUUUCACUAUUGUCAAUAUAUAAAAUGCACAGUUGUAGACUGUCAUUAACAAAUUAGUUGAAUAACUUAGUGCUGCGAGAUUACUCACAAUGAAUCAUUGUUUAAGUAUAAGAUUUUUUACAGACAUUAGUGGUGAUAAAGAAAAUGGUGUGUUAACAUUAAAUAAACGAUGACAGACCUAUUGUUAAGUCUCCUAAUAAAGUACAUUACUGUAUUUAA